GCAACUACUUGAAAUAAACAUGUAACUACUUACCUGUAACGUAAAUAUGUACCAAUGUAAGUAUAUGACUGAAAGGUUAAUGACCUAUUUUAUUCGCUUAUGGAUUGAAAUUAAAUUUCAAACUAGAAAGAAAAAGUAAAAAGUCAAAAUAUAAAGAAUUGUAUCAAUUCCAUUAAAAGUCGUUCUAGAAAUCAAUGUCAUGACAUGACCCUGGUACGGUUGUUAUUUUGCGUUUAUUCAGAGCUAAUUAUUUAUUCCCGUUUUUAGUAACAUGAAAUUAAAAUUUCAUGGACGAAGUUAUAAAUGAAAUAAGUUAGACGAGGCGGAACAGUUUAGCCAUGAUCGUGAUUAUUGCAGUUGUCUUUUUCGUGUACCUUGGCGUAGUUCACGGGCAAGUAAUGAGUACGGAGUCUCCUUCACACUCACCAGCAUUGCCGUUCCUGGAUUUAUUCACUGGCGCUUCAAACUACUAUGGCGAACCAGUGCGUAAAGUGUUCGAAAAUGAUUACCCUGUGUCGUGUGCCAAACCUGACACUUUAACAUCCUUCGCUAAUGUUCUCGGCAGUGCCGCCAAGAUCAUGAUAUCAGCAGCGGUUAUAGUUUUUUUGAAAGUGUUAGGAGGAAAACUUAUGUUGCUACCGCUCAUUUUUGUCUUACUCGGUAAAAUAGGACUCAAGGCGUUCCUCAUUUGGCCAUGGAUAACAAAAAUGAUAAAGUAUUUUAAAAAGAAAAAGAAGAAACAUUUCCGCGGGAGAAUGAUGACGGGAUGUUUAGAAAGGAUUGCUUGUGUAGUUGCAAGAUCCUCAUCAGCAUGGACUAGUAACUUAGGAGCUGCUGUAACGUUCAUUGUAAUAGAUGAUGUUGAUGAAAAUAGCACAUUAGCCAAAAAUAUGUUAAGGUUGUUUGCGGGUGAACAUGUAGCAGAAUGCCUCUCCAUAAAUUGUAAUAACGGAGCCGAAAUUAGCUGACAAUACAAAUAAAAAACCUUGAAAUAUGUGGGACAUACCGAUGUUUAUUUGGAACAACAACUACAAUUAUGUUUUAAUUUAAAAGUGCUUAUUUGCAUUUUAAGAAGUACAUCGAUUGAUAUAAUGAAAUAGACUGUCAGUGUUUCAUUUAGUACAAUAAUUUUAGUCAUCAUGGAAACGACGAGCGUUUUGUGUUCAUUUAUUUUAAUAUUGUUACAAUGGAAUCCGUGUACGGGUCAACUUAUGUUCGAGCCCAGUUUCCCGGUGCAAGAUCCGGCUUUAGCCGCAGAUUUUAGGCCAAUGAGACAGUUUCCCGGAAAGCAGUUUCGAACUCCAAACAAAAAUUACGUUGGUGCUCCUCAGUCUCCAUUGCUACACAUGACAACAGAACCAAAAGCAGCAACUGUAGAUAGUGAAUCUAAGCGAGAUGGAAAAAAUUUCACUUUCACCGACUUGGUCAAGGCUUUCAACGAUAUGUCCGAAGACGAUGAAGUGCCAGAAGAACGAUCUUCUGC